AUGUCAGCACCCUCUCUUCUCCUCCCCGCCGGUUCUGUCGCUGUUCCAUCUACCGCCUGGGUUCUUUGGCCAUGGAAGCAACAGCCUUUGAAACCCAAGAAGAAGACAUUACAGAAGGCUUUGAGUUUGCUUGAGGAAUCAGAGCCUCACGACUUCCGCCGCGCGUCCCUGACGAGAUUCUCCUGCAUGGUUGCCAAUAUCUGUUCCACGAUAGCAGAUGCAGCGAUCCUGGGGCCCGUUCGCGACCGCUUGGAUGAGACGGUCCGCCGUUUCCCUGAUGGGCCGUUCCCGUUCGACGCGGUAGAUGCCAUCUAUGCGUUGGCGGAUCGAGCCCUCACGUUGCGGGCAAACAGCCAGCUCAUGUCCGAAGGCGAGCUUAACGAGUGGACAACCUUCCAAUGGCUCGACCCGGCCGACGAUGACUUUGUCAAGAAGCGCGAAAAUACUGUCGGCGAACUCGUGAAGCUCGGCUGCCUUUUUUCUGUCCGCCAUUUCCUAGGGGUCCUCCCCCCCAACCCAUUUGAAGAGGACGAAGAUGAAGAAGAAGACGAAGAAGAAGAAGAAGAAGGAGACGGAGACGGAGACGACAGUGAGGAAGAGGUUCCGCUCGCGCUCACAAUGGGCACUUACCGGCCGGUCACUUCAAACCCCAUCACCGAGGUUGUGCCCCGAUCGCCUGCACACGAGCUCUCGCCUGCGAUGGAUACUCCCGUCCCGAACAUCGAGGUGCCCGAGACACCGACUCCCGAGCUCAUGGCGCCCGCCCCGUCUUACAACGGAUCGGGUCUCAGUACCCAGAACCUCGGUGACCCGAAGCCGAGCCCAAACAGCUACGCUGUGCAUGCCACAGUGUUGAGCUUCGCCGUCUUGUGCGACCCAUGCAUCCGCAAAAGGGGCGACAAGUCUUGCAUUCACGUUGUCGGGGCGAACCGAUGCGUGGAUUGCACCCGAAAGAAAGUCGCCUGCGCGGUCUAUGGCCUCCGAACGGACUGCGCCGUAUGUAUCUCUGGUCACGGUGUCGUCGCCUUUUUCAACGGAAAGUCUUUCGACGUCGUUAUGAACCUCUGCCCGGCUCUCCGUGCAAUCACUGAGGGGCUGCUCGACUUCAUCCUCGAACGGCUGACCACUGGGGACUGGACGGCCCGGGAAGGGCAUGGUUUUCCACGUCCUGGCCACAUUGCCACAGAACCGCUGGUAUUCACCUACGCUCGUGCUGAGGCGCGCGACUUCGCCUUCGAUUUUUUUAAAGAGAAUCAACCAUCACGUCGCUCGUUGGAACUAUCCCGUGCUGCCCGUCCUCUCGUGUCCCCCGCUGGUUCUCCGCCGCCGAAAAGGAAGAGGGCGUCCAAGCGCGAGGCCGCCAAAACCCAGGCCGCCCGUAGCUUGACCGACGACGACGACGACACUGGUUCUCCGCCACCGAAGAGGAACAGGGCGUCCACUGAGCGCGAGGCCGCCAGAACCCGGACCACCUGUAGCUCGGACGACGACGACAUGCUCAACGGCGGCGGCGGGGACGACGACGACGACGGCAUGUUCAACGAAGACGGCGACAACGACGACGACGACGACGCCAACGACGACGCCAACGACGACGCCAACGACGCCAACGACAUGCUCUACGAUAGAGACUCCCCGACUUGGUUGCCGGUCACCUCGGUCAGCCCGGACGAACGCACCGACGCGGUCCAUCACUUCAACGCCGUAUCGCUCGCCCUCGACCUGUCGCGCAAGAACUUCAAGCGAGCGUGCGCGGACAUCCUGGAGGCGGUGGACAUGGUCGGCGGUGAUCUCUCCCACUUCUCUGACCUGAACCUCCCCUACGGGAUGAACAGCGUCGAGGACGUCGUGAAGUUCGCUCACCUGAGAGACAGCGACCUUAUCGGGCUCCUCCGCCUGUUGGGGCUCGAGGACAGCCACGAGGUCGUCGUCGACGACGACGAGCCCAUGGAUGACGACGUAGAGAUGGCGUGA